AUGACAUCUCGUGGUUGUGUAAAUUCGGCGCUUCGUGCUCAUCACAUGCCUUCCCAUUUACGCUACCUUGAAGGCAGUUUUAAGAACGCACGUGGUCAAAAGUUGGUCUAUCUAGCUCUUUUCCCUUCACUUUCUACUCCUUUACGUGGUAUUGUGCUCUAUUUGCAUGGACUUGGUGAUCAUAGUCGUCGCUACUUUCAUCUCUAUGAAUGUUUGUGCACUAGUGGCUUUGGUGUAUUGGCCUAUGAUUUGUUAAGUCAUGGAAGUAGUGACCCUGAUGAACAUGGAUUACGAGCUCAUAGUGCCAAGUUUCAAUACUUUGUGGACGAUACGAACGAGUUUAUUACAAUGGCCAAGACGCAGCUGUAUAAGAACUUGCAUGUCUCGUUGUGUCACAAUAAGGAGCCUAAAUUGAUCUUAUUGGGCAUGUCGUACGGCACGUUAGUGAGUCUUUAUACUAUAUUGAGUGACAAACAUGAGUUUAGUGGUGUCGUACUCGUUGCUCCAGCCUUGUUGGUUGAGAUGACGACGACGCUGAGAGUGCAAGCAUUCUUUGCUCGACCGUUAAGUAAACUUAUCCCGAAGGCUAGAAUUGUGCCGGCAGUCAAUGAAAACUACUUAUGCAGAGACCAAGACUAUGUUGACGAUUUCAGGGCGGACCCGUUGACGUUUACGGAGCCUAUGACGGCGAGAAUGGGAGCGGAGACAUUGAAGGCUAUGAAAGCUCUGACGGUGGACAAAAGAGUUGAAGAUAAAUGUAGUGCGCUCUGCAAGCUUCCUGUGUUGAUGAUGAUGGGAUCGAACGAUAAAGUGACGAGUUUAGAGCUUGCCCAGACGUUUUACAAACGACUUGCGGCGAAUGAGAAGGAGUUCAAAGUUUUCGAUGGAUACUUCCACGCACUGUUUGAUGAUCCGGAGCACGAGGCGGUUUUGAAUUAUUUAGAAAACUGGCUCAAGAGGAGAUUUCCAUUGCUAGAAGGAACGAACAACGCUCAUAAGGUUGAUAACAUAGAGUCUCUAGAGAUUAUGGAAGAGGUGACUCACCAUGAGACGACGGUGGAGAAUAAUAAGGCUACACCUACUGCGACGAACACGGUCGCAAAGGCGUUAUGCGUAGCACAAGAAGAGGAACGGUCGUCGCCACAGAAGAGCUCUAAAGAUUUGGAGGUGCUCGAGGAGGAGCCUACGUCUAGUGUGGCGAGACGUAUGUGUUCUUAUUCUAAGAUGAAGUCGAAGGAAAUAAUGUUGGCACAGAAGCAUAAAUAUCACGUUAGGGAUGUCGCAAAUAUUUCGCUUUUUUCCAUACUCAGAUAA